AUAUUAGUUAAUUUUGAUAUUUAAAAGGUGGGUGGCACUGUAAUGGAGGGUGGAUGGUGAUUUGGAUGAAUAUUAGUGGAGUUUGGUGGAGCAGAGUUGAUGAUUUUAGAAGAAUCUGUUUGUCCAGCAUGGCCAUGGCUAUGCCUUUCCCUUUGUGUUUGUAGGUAUUAUACUGUCUAUAGACACAAUAACACGGUUGAAUUUCAAUUUGGGAUAAAUGGGUUGCUUCUCGUGUUUCGAUUCGAGUUCCAAGGAGGAUCACGGCGUUCCUCAACACCAACCUAAUCCUUCUCGAAUUUCCAGAUUGCCCUCUGCCUCUGGAGCAGACAAGUUGCGUGGAGGUUCCAGUUCCAGAAGGGAAGUUGCUCCAAAGGAUGGACAUGUCCAAAUUGCUGCUCAAACAUUUACCUUCCGUGAACUUGCAGCUGCAACCAAAAACUUUAGGGCAGAGUCCUUUGUUGGGGAAGGUGGUUUUGGAAGGGUCUACAAAGGCAGGCUGGAAACCACUGCUCAGAUUGUUGCUGUUAAACAGUUGGACAAAAAUGGUCUUCAGGGUAAUCGGGAAUUCCUUGUCGAGGUCCUCAUGCUCAGUCUUCUACAUCACCCUAACCUUGUCAAUCUCAUUGGAUACUGUGCGGAUGGUGAUCAACGCCUCCUUGUUUAUGAAUAUAUGCCUUUGGGAUCAUUGGAAGAUCACCUUCAUGAUCUCCCCCCUGAUAAGGAACCACUAGAUUGGAACACUAGAAUGAAAAUAGCUGUUGGUGCUGCAAAAGGAUUAGAAUACCUGCAUGAUAAGGCAAAUCCUCCUGUCAUAUAUAGAGACUUCAAGUCAUCUAACAUAUUACUUGAUGAAGGAUACAAUCCAAAGCUUUCUGACUUUGGUCUUGCAAAGCUUGGUCCUGUUGGUGACAAAUCACAUGUUUCUACCCGCGUCAUGGGAACUUAUGGUUACUGUGCCCCCGAGUAUGCUAUGACUGGACAGCUGACUGUGAAAUCUGAUGUAUACAGUUUUGGGGUUGUCUUCUUAGAGCUGAUUACUGGCCGCAAAGCAAUUGACAGCACCCAGCCUCAGGGAGAACAGAAUCUUGUCACAUGGGCACGGCCUCUUUUUAACGAUCGGAGGAAGUUUUCAAAGUUGGCUGAUCCCAGGCUCCAGGGGAGGUUUCCCAUGCGGGGUCUUUAUCAGGCUCUUGCUGUGGCAUCAAUGUGCAUUCAAGAAUCGGCUGCCACACGUCCUCUGAUUGGAGACGUAGUGACAGCCCUCUCUUAUCUGGCCAACCAAACAUAUGAUCCCAACAAUUCUGGGCAUGGUUAUAGGGGUUCUAGUGAUGAUAAGAGGAACAGAGAUGAUAAAGGUGGAAGAAUAUUGAAAAAUGACGAAACUGGGGGAUCCGGACGCAGAUGGGACUUGGAAGGAUCCGAGAAAGAUGACUCCCCUCGAGAAACAGCAAGGAUGUUAAACAGAGAUCUAGAUAGAGAGCGUGCUGUGGCCGAAGCCAAGAUGUGGGGAGAGAACUUGAGACAACAAAGAAAACAAAGAGGGCAGCAGGGCAGUUUUGAUGGUUCUAAUGCUUAGUUUCUUUUGUGCAAUUUUCAGCACCGUCUUUUACAUAUUGGGUUGCUUAAUUUUCAGCCUUGAGCCUGUGGAAGGUGCGAAAAAUAUGGGGAGCUUAUCCUUGAGCUGAUCUAGAGCCACUCGAAUAGCCAUUUAGGCCAAAGAAUAGGUUCUAAUUUGUUUAGAAUCUGCCUAGCUGCCAUUUCUUUCAAUGGAUGCAACAUGAAUGAACAUCUUUACAAAACCUUUUCUAACAUAACCUUUUGGGGCACUUUGUUUUCCCUUAUUUUGUGACUGCACUUUCUGCUCCUGAACACGAGCAUAAUAUUAAUGGAGACUGUAUGUACACAUUAUUUCCAUGAACUAGUCAGGGUUAGAGAACACCCAUAAGUUUCUCAAAAUCGCCGCUGUAAACAUGCACAGACCAAUGCAUCUCCCUUGUGUUUAUAGUAAUCGUAUGUUAUCAACUUAUUUGUAAUAAUCGUAAUUAACAUAGCCUACUUUGGCUUAUAGUGGAAAAUUUUAUAAGCUUCA